AUGCAACAUAUGGUUGCAGGGACGACAAAUAUGCAAUCCCCUCCACCACCGUCAAUUCAUCCAAUGGGUUCAGGUUUGAUGAUGAAUGGCGCUGGUGGGGUGGCGAUGAUGGGGCCGGGUGGAAUGAUGGGUGCAGGGAUGAAUGGGCCAAUGGCUGGACCGAUGAAUGGAUCGAUGAUCUCUCCGGGAAUGCCCCGACCACACAUGGGUUACCGAACACCGCCGAAUCUGGCAAUGAUGGCGCCUGGAAUGGCCGGUCCAUCAAUACCUCCAGGCUCACAACCGCCACAUAUGAUGCCCCAAAAUCAAUCGAUUCCACCUGAUUCG